AUGGAAAAUGAACGACCGAAGAAUCUCAUUGCGUCAUUGGUUUCAUCAUUGAAUGAACAAGCUAAUGACGAUCAAGUUUCAUCUGGUCUAACACGUGCAGAGAUCUUUGAUGAAGUUUUGAUGAUGAUCCUAGCUGGAUAUGAAACGACAUCAACUGCUCUAGCAUGGUUCAUAUUUUUUGCAAGUAAAAAUCCUCAAGUGCAACAAAAAAUGAAAGAAGAAUUGCACAAACAUCAUCUUCUGAUGACAGAUGAUCUCAAAUAUGUACCACAGCUAACGUCAGAGAAUUUAACUUCACUAACCUAUUGUGAAUGUGUGACAAAAGAGGUCUUACGUUUGGCUCCUGUCGCUGGACUUACAACCCGUAUAGCUACUUGUGACACCAUCGUUGACGAUGUACAGAUUUAUCGUGGUCAGACUGUUUUUAUUGCUUUGAAUAACAUCAAUACUGACGCUCGCUAUUGGCAUCAUGCUGAUCCUCGACAAUUUGUACCAGAAAGAUUUUUAGGUGAAGAUGAAAAUCAUCAUCCAUUAGCGAUGAUUCCAUUCGGUGGUGGACAUCGAGCAUGUAUUGGACAAGAAUUAGCUUGGCUCGAGUUGAAAACGAUCAUCGUUCGAAUGAUGCAACGUGGUAUCACAUUCGAAGACAUGCCAGAAAAUACUGGGGGUUACGAAGACCAUCUCACCUGUCUUCCAAAAAAACUGGCAGUGCGUGUACGCUUCGAUUGA